GCCCGUUGCUGGUGCGUGCCGCGCCCGCUCCUGCCGGGUGAGAGUCCGGGCCGGGUUUUGCGCCGUGUCCCGGGGCUUGUCUCACGGCCUCCAGCCGCCGCCGCUGCCGUGUUUACUGAGCUCGCGCGUCCUGAUAUCACUCCGCUGGCAUGGAGGAGGAGGAGGAGGUGGAGGAGCGAGAGGAGGAGGAGGAGGCGGCGGCGGCGAGCAGUUGAUCAUUGUGAUGGUGGCAGGAGCAGCGGCGGCAGCGGCAGCCCAGCCGAGCGUUAGGGGCUGCUCUCCGCGCGGCGUUUUGCAAAGGACUUCACCGAUCUACUUUUGCAGUCGCCUCGGACUGUCCAUGUGUUUACUUCCCCCAGCCCGAGGAUUUGAUAUCUAGGAUCCUGUGAAAUGCAACUGAGCAGCCAAAGUACUUUGAGAACACGGGGCGGCAUAAACACCAAAACUUUUUUGUGGAAGGAAAAUGCAAUAAGCAAGCUUGCCGUUUUCCGAUGCGGUGUGGAGUGAGUGUGUGUCGCGCGUGUCCGCACUGGAGGCAUAUGCUUGUGUGUGUACAUGGGGUGUGUUUUUCGGUACGUAGGGAGAAAAUGCUUGCCAACCACCGGAAAUCUCCUGGAAUUUAUUAGAAAAUAAUGGAUUAUAAAAAGAAGGCAGGCGAGGAGCGGAUCUCCCCUUGAGUUGCAACCCGAUUUGCUGCUGGCUCAGUUUGUUGUGAUUCUUUUUGUUGAUAGGUGUUUGAUGGCAUUCUGAUCCCCCUUUUUUUCUCCUUGAGCUUUACAGUUUUUACAAAAAGGGAAACAAAAAACCCACCCCAAAAUCUCUCCCCCCUUUUUUUCGCCCCGUCGGGAUUGCUGUUUCCAUCCAUGUGCUUGCGUCUCCCCCGCGUUCCACUUAAACUAUUUUAAUCCUUGGACCCAAGGAGGAGGCUGAUAGGGGGGUGGAUAAAAAAAGUUCUUCCAAAAUAGUGUGCCCGGGGAGCAGGAUGGGGGAUUUCGCAGCCCCCGCUGCUGCCGCGAAUGGCAGUAGUAUUUGCAUCAACAGUAGCCUGAACAGCAGCCUCGCCGGGGCCGGGAUCGGUGUGAAUAAUACUCCCAAUAGUACUCCAGCUGCUCCGAGUAGCAAUCACCCCGCUGCCGGCUGCGGCGGCGGCUCCGGGGGCCCCGGCGGCGGCUCGGCGGCCGUCCCCAAGCACAGCACGGUGGUGGAACGGCUCCGCCAGCGCAUCGAGGGCUGCCGGCGGCACCACGUCAACUGCGAAAACAGGUACCAGCAGGCUCAGGUGGAGCAGCUGGAGCUGGAGCGCCGGGACACCGUGAGCCUCUAUCAGCGCACCCUGGAGCAGAGGGCCAAGAAAUCGGGCGCCGGCACCGGCAAGCAGCAGCAUCAGAGCAAACCCCAGCAAGAUGCGGAGGCUGCCUCGGCGGAGCAGAGGAACCACACGCUGAUCAUGCUCCAGGAGACUGUGAAAAGGAAGUUGGAAGGAGCCCGCUCGCCACUCAACGGAGACCAGCAGAAUGGGGCUUGCGAUGGGAGUUUUUCUCCAAGCAGCAAGCGACUACGAAAGGACGUUCCCGCGGGGAUGGAAGCCAUCAACAGUUUGCCCAACAACAUGCCACUGCCUUCAGCUUCCCCUCUCCACCAAAUGGACCUGAAGCCUUCUCUGCCCUUGCAGAACAGCGGAACUCAUGCCCCUGGGCUUCUGGAGGACCUAAGCAAGAAUGGCAGACUCCCGGAGAUUAAACUCCAGCCUGUUAACGGCUGCAGUGACCUGGAAGAUGGCUUCGCCACCUUGCAGAGCAAGGGCCUCAAACAGGAGCCUCUGGACGACCCUACUUGCAUCGACACAUCAGAAACAUCUCUUUCAAACCAGAACAAGCUGUUCUCAGACAUUAACCUGAAUGACCAGGAGUGGCAAGAGUUAAUAGACGAACUGGCCAACACAGUCCCUGAAGACGACAUACAGGACCUGUUCAACGAAGACUUUGAAGAGAAGAAGGAGCCGGAGUUCUCGCAGCCAGCCACCGAGACCCCUCUCUCCCAGGAGAGCAUGAGCGUGAAGAGCGACCCCUCUCACUCUCCUUUCACGCACGUCUCCAUGGGCUCUCCCCAGACACGGCCCUCUUCCUCCGGCCCUCCCUUUUCCGCCGUCUCCGCGGCCACCAGUUUACCUUCCGUCGCCAGCACUCCCGUGGCUCCCAACCCCGCAGGCUCACCAGCAAACUGUGCGGUCCAGUCCCCGCCAACUCCAAACCCAGCCCACACCCCCGGCCAAGCUCCGCCUCGGCCUGGAAGUGGCUAUCUCCUCGGUGCGGCAGCGGUGCCGGUGGCUGGCUCGGGGUCCGGCCCCGGGGCCGUGCCCGGCACUGACCUGUCUCCGGCGGAGCAGCUCAAGCAGAUGGCGGCGCAGCAGCAACAGCGGGCCAAGCUCAUGCAGAAGCAGCAGCAGCAGCAGCAGCACUCCAACCAGCCUGCCAGCUGGUCCCCGCUGGGGCCUCCGUCCAGUCCCUACGGCGCGGCUUUCCCCGCAGAGAAACCAAAUAGCCCCAUGAUGUACUCCCAAGCCUUUAACAACCAAAACCCAGUAGUGCCUCCGAUGGCAAACAACCUGCAGAAGACGACAAUGAAUAACUACCUCCCGCAGAAUCACAUGAACAUGAUCAAUCAGCAGCCAAAUAACUUGGGGACAAACUCCUUAAGCAAACAGCACAACCUUCUCACUUACGGCAACACCAAGCCUCUGACCCACUUCAGCGCGGACUUGAGUCAGAGGAUGACGCCACCCAUGGCCAAUCCCGGCAAAAACCCGCUGCUGCCGUACAUGCAGCAGCAGCCCCCGCCGCAGCCGCCGCCGCAGCAGCCACCGCCGCAGCUCCAGGCCCCCAGGGCGCACCUGAGUGAGGACCAGAAACGCAUGCUUCUCAUGAAGCAGAAAGGAGUGAUGAACCAGCCGCUGGCCUACGCCGCCCUGCCGUCCCACGGCCAGGAGCAGCACCCAGGUGGGCUUCCUCGGACCACCGGCCCCAUGCAGUCCUCCGUGCCCCCAGGCUCAGGCGGCAUGGUCUCGGGUGCCGGUCCCACGGGUCCCGGCUUCCUGGGCAGCCAGCCCCAGGCGGCCAUCAUGAAGCAGAUGCUCCUUGACCAGCGGGCCCAGCUGAUGGAGCAGCAGAAGCAGCAGUUCCUGCGGGAGCAAAGGCAGCAGCAGCAGCAGCAGCAGCAGCAGCAGCAGCAGCAGAUUCUGGCCGAGCAGCAGCUGCAGCAGUCGCACCUACCCCGGCCGCACCUCCAGCCCCAGCGGAGCCCGUACCCCGUGCAGCAGGUCAACCAGUUUCAAGGUUCUCCGCAGGAGAUGGCAGCCGUGCGGAGCCAGGCGGCCCUCCAGAGCAUGCGGUCGUCCCGGCUGAUGGCACAGAAUGCAGGCAUGAUGGGAAUGGGACCCUCUCAGAACCCAGGGACGAUGGCCGCGGCCGCCGCCCAGUCAGAGAUGGGACUGGCCCCUUACAACGCCACGCCGACCAGCCAACCGGGAAUGUACAGCAUGAGCCCGGGGAUGACCCAGAUGCUGCAGCACCCGAACCAAAGUGGCAUGAGCAUCACCCACAGCCCAGCCCAGGGGCCGCGGCAGCCCGCCUCCGGGCAAGGGGUGGGGAUGGUGAGCGGGUUUGGUCAGAAUAUGCUGGUGAACUCAGCCAUGACCCAGCAGCACCAGCAGAUGAAAGGGCCGGUGGGCCAGGCCUUGCCGAGGCCCCAGGGCCCGCCGCGGCUGCAGAGCAUCAUGGGAACGGUCCAGCAGGGAGCCCAGAGCUGGCAGCAGAGGAGCUUGCAGGGGAUGUCCGGGAGGACUAGUGGAGAAUUGGGGUCAUUCAGCAACGGUGCCAGCUACUCACUCCAAGCCAGCCAGCCGAGGCUGACCAAGCAACACUUCCCACAGGGACUGAGCCAGGUCAUGGACGCUAAUGCUGGCGCCGUGAGGACCCUCAACCCGGCUGCCAUGGGUCGGCAAAUGAUGCCGCCGCUCCCGGGGCAGCAAGGGGCCGGCCAGGCCAGGCCGAUGGUCAUGUCUGGCCUGAGCCAGGGCGUCCCUGGCAUGCCCACGUUCGGCCAGCCCCCGGCCCAGCAGCAGAUGCCCAGCGGCAGCUUCGCCGCGGGCGGCCAGAGCCAGGCCUACGAGCGGAACGCCCCUCAGGACAUGUCCUACAGCUACAGCGGCGAAGCCGCUGGGGCCUCCUUCCCCGGCCUCGCGGACGGCGCCGACCUCGUGGACUCCAUCAUCAAAGGCGGGCCGGGGGACGAGUGGAUGCAGGAGCUCGAUGAGCUGUUUGGAAACCCCUAAUCAAGCGGGGCCCCACGAGCCACGACGGCAGUGGUGAAAGCAUACCAUGGGCAAACAAACAGGGCGUGGACCCAUCCUCGUGUUUUGUUUCUUUGACCCACGUAAACUGAGCGAAACGGCGGCGGGCUGAGCGUGGAAGAUCCAGGUGCCAAUCCGCAGCCCCAUGGGGCCUCCUGUCACCUGAUUUUCACACCAAGGUCGAGGCAGGACGCCUGCAGAUCCCUGCUGCAAGGGAGGGAGGGAGACACCACAGAGGUGGGCAGGGAGGGCAAACCUGAGUCCCGCUAGGCACGCCCUGGAGUCGAUCACGUGGCCCAGCAGGAGCUGCUCCAGCCCGACCGACCGACCGACCGACUGCUGCCCAGGGCAAGGCAUCCGUCAGCCCCUCCGGGCCCCCGUGUGGACACUGCCGCUCUGGCGACACACGAGACAGCGCCUUGGGCGGGGGAGCCCCACAGAGCCUGCUGGGUGG